CAUUUUGGACGAAAUACGCUGGCGUAUUUCUCAGCGGGUCGUGGCUGGAACGCGGCUGUGAACGCGGCUGUGAACGCGGCUGUGUGCGCGGCUGUGUGCGCGCUUGUGUGCGCGCGAACGAUCGGUCGGUCUCUUCCACGGUCGUGUGGCCUCUUCCCAGCGGCCAUUAAACCAACGGUUUCAAGUGCUUCGAGCACGUUCCGCGCGGCGCGUUGCGCCUGUGUGUACGCGAACAGCGGCCUCGACAGCGAACAGGCAGCGCCGCGCAACCAGUGUACUCCUACCGACGUUAGAGGAAGGAACGAAUUUCUAGUGUAUUUCUCUGUGUUCACGCCUUUCAUCUUCCUAUUGUUCAUCUUACAAUCCUUAUUCGUCGAUUUGUAUCACUCGUUAAUGAAAGAUUGUCAUUGAGGAGAAAUUAUGGAUUGGUCGAAAGAUAUGGGGCUCUCGCUGGUGAACUUAUACAAGAACAAGGAGGUUCUAUGGAACCCGGGGAACUCUGAAUACCAUCAAAAAAAUAGACGACACGAUGCUUGGCAAGAAGUUGCUGAUGAACUCUCCUUGAUUAUUAAAAAGCCGGUGUCUUCAUUGGAAUGCAAGAGAAAGAUGGAUACCAUUCUUUCCUCGUUUAGGAGAGAGAGGGUAAAAGUAAGGAAGAUUAGCGAGAUGGCUGAGGGAGAUUCUGACAGACCUUCGGGAUCCACAUGGUUCCUUUAUGAUUCGUUAACUUUUCUUAUCGAAAAAGAUGUUCUUCGUUCCAACAAAUCUUUUGUUAACGUUAAUCGCGACGAACAUUCUCCUCCGCCUAUCAAAGUAAGCAAACUGCAAUCAGAGAACGAACGAAUAGAAAAGAUCUCUAAGGCAGUGGAAACACCAAGCGAGGACGAGUGUUACAGCUACGGAAUGUUCGUGGCGAAUAAAUUGAAACGCUAUUCAGCUCGUACUCGAAGCGCAGUUCAGCACGCCAUAAGUGAUAUUCUUUUUAACGCCGACAUGGGUUAUUACAAUCAGACUAGUUCAGUUUCGACGAAUACGCAGACUGAACCUAACGUAGUUCAGUGCAUUUGGUUGCAACAGAACGAAAGUACUCAGCAAGAACACGACUUUAAGAACGAAGUAAUCAGUGAUCUGGAGAACGAGAGCGAAAUAUUUAAUUAAAUUCAGCAUCGAAUUGUUAAUAGCGACGAUGAAUUGUACUGUGAUCGUUGCAACGAUAUAAUUUUACUCGUUGCAAGUUUUAAGCUUCGGUUGAUUAUUUCGUUUUGUUUAUCAAAUGGUUGAUUGAAAUUGCGAGCAAGUUUAUUUUAUACAAGAAAAAACGAAAGCGUGUGGAAAUGUUGAAAGUGUAAAUAGAAGUUAAUUUAAAAUAGUUAUUGGCUUUCUAUAGGAAUUGGUUGGAUAUUGCUAACGAACGUAUUGUACGUGUAAUAUAUUAUACAUAUCAUAUUAUAUUUAUGUAUAUUUAUACACAGGGUGUACCAAAUAAAUUGUUAUAACUUGUUCUCUUAGAGAUCAAUACAGAUAUCGAUUUUAAACAUUUUUGUACAAUUAAAUGGAACAGAGGAUAAUAUUUUAAUAUAAGAUGUAACGAAAUUGAUAUAUCUAAGAACCAUAUGUGAUAUAUUGAGAAAUUAAGUCUUCGUGUAAUUUGUCAAACGCAGUUUGAUAACGAAUAUUUAUUUUCAAGUCCGAGAAGUUGAUAGAAAGACGUAUCAUGCAUAUUACUUCUUUGUAAUGCAUAAUGUGUAUUAUACCCAUUACACGACAAAAGAAAUACAUUAGCCUCUUUGUUGUUCCCAACAUACGUGUUAGUAAUGCUUUGAUACGGAUUCAAGCUUGAAUAAUCGCAAUCGAGGACGGUACAGGUGUGCCGCAGGAAAUGUCACUGCUGUAUCCUGUCAAGGGUUUACAAUUGAUUAAUGAUCUUUUCGCAAAUCAAGCGUCAUCGUCAUUGAAAAGGAAGAUUUUUUAUACAUACAUUUCAUAUCAAAGAACUUUGUAUUUUCUCAAAUUUAAUUUAGCAAGGUACGAUCCACUGAUUAAAUUUCACUUCGAUUAAUUGAUAUUCACUGAAAAUAAACUUUUAAUUUACUGUAACGAGAAAGACCAUGCGUGUCAAAAAAUGUUUUAAAAAAUGUACCGUAAAAAAAAUCUCAUUCAAAUAAACGCUACAAAUUGCUUCGAAAGAAGUAGGACCAGUUCACAUGAAAAAAUAACGCUUUGAAGUUCAAUUGCUCCAAAAAUACGCAUCGAUGCGAACAUGACCGAAAAAGGUAUACGUUUCGCUUUCGAUAGUUUUAUCAGCAAACUCGCAGUCAAGUGUCCGCCGAUUUAACUGUUAGUUACUCUGCAUGGUCGAUUGGUUUUCGUUCGAAACGACACUCUGACUCGGACUGGGUAACCCUUUGCGUUACCAUUUACAUGAUAUUGAAUCCGAGCUGGGGAUAAAGUCGAUGUUGAUCGCGACGAGAUUGGGUAGCACUUUACGUGUGGGCAAUUUUUCCG